AGAAAAGCAGAGAGAAUAUAAAAGAAAAGCUGAGUCCAGUCAGUGCGGUACUCAACUCCAGUACUUGCAUUUUUAUUACUUUGAAGUUUAGCGAGGCCAAGGACAAGGACAAUCCAUGGAUUCGACUCUGAAAUUUAAAGUCACAGAUGCACAGAGUCACAGAGACAAAGAACUGGUUGGAGUUGGAGUUGGUGCCUUGGCUAUGGCUUCUGAGAAGAACCAGAAACUGCCCGUAUCCGAUCCCUUGCUCAGUGAUGAGACUCACAAGAAAGCCUCUGCCAUAACCACAAAAGGAGCUCAAGCUGCUAUCUCUUACAUGCUCACUGCAGUUCUCUUGGUAUUGUUCAACAAAGCAGCCCUUUCGUCAUACAAUUUCCCAUGUGUAAAUGUCAUCACUCUUUUUCAGAUGCUAUGUUCGUGUUCGUUUCUCUAUGCAAUGAAAUUAUGGAAGAUCAUUUCUUUCACAACGGAUGAACUGCAAAACACUAAUAAAAACCCAGCAACCCUUGUACCGUUUAGGACAUUGGUUCACACUCUUCCUCUUGCAUUUUCGUAUUUGCUUUACAUGUUGGUCUCAAUGGAAUCUGUUCGGGGCAUAAGUGUUCCGAUGUACACCACCCUCAGGCGGACUACUGUGGCUUUUACAAUGAUUGUGGAGUAUGUUUUGACUGGGAAGAAGCAUUCACCUUCUAUUGUUGCCUGUGUGGGGAUAAUUUUACUUGGUGCCUUUGUUGCCGGAGCUCGGGACUUGUCAUUUGAUGCCUAUGCUUAUGCUGUUGUUUUCGUAGCAAACAUCUGUACAGCAGUAUAUCUUGCUUCUAUAGCUCAUAUUGGUAAAUCCAGUGGCCUGAAUACCUUUGGUCUUAUGUGGUGUAAUGGAAUAAUAUGUGCACCAAUCUUGCUGUUCUGGACAUCAAUCAGAGGGGACCUACAAGUGACACUGAACUUUCCUUAUUUAUUCUUCCCUGGUUUUCAGGUUGUGAUUCUUCUUUCCUGUAUUUUGGCUUUCUUGAUAAACUAUUGUGUAUUUUUGAAUACAACUCUCAAUUCAGCUCUCACUCAGACAAUUUGUGGUAAUUUGAAGGAUCUUCUUACUAUUGGGCUUGGCUGGGUACUGUUUGGUGGGCUUCCAUUUGAUUUUUUGAAUGUUCUUGGCCAGUCACUUGGUUUUCUUGGAUCCUGUUUAUAUGCGUAUUAUAAACUCCAAGGAAAAUAAUUAUAUUAAGCUGCUGCAUGAAAGUUUUCCUUUUUAAUGGAGAUUUCUCCCUCCCAAUGAGAGUCAAAUGAAGCAACUAUCUUAUUUGACAAAAUUAUCAACUAGAUUGGACUUAUUGGAAGAUUUUGGAGUCGUAUUUCAAGGCGCAAUCUACAUUUUAGAUUAAAGAAAAGAGGGUAGGAUUAGGUUGAUAUGAACAAAACUUCCCAACUUGUCUUUAUUAGUGAAAUGAAAUUGAAAAAUCCUGCUAUUUCCUUUCUUCUUUUUAAUUAUUAUUGUUGAAAAUUAUGGUCCUCCCUCUGUAAUGUGUAGGAAUUUUGUAAAUAUUUUACUCCAGGUAUUGUGCCCUUUACCCCCACAUGGCUGGGAAAGUGUCGGCUGAAAAUAAAAUCUGAAGAUUGUAGCACAUAAAUGAUUUAGACAA